AGGUAAGUUGAAUAUAUAUUUAGUUGCUUCGUCAGUGAUGGUUUUCACCUUGAAUAGCAAACAUCGCGGUGUGUGUAUUUAUUUCCCGUGGAUAUAUGUUUCUCUGUUGUUUAUAUCAUCAUACGUGCCUAAAACUUGUUUGUAUUAUCAUCAUACUGUACAUCAAUUAUUAUUAAAAAUUAAAAAAAAAUCAUAUGAAAUUAUUUAAAUUAUUAUCUUAUUGAUUAUUAAAAUAUUAUUACUAUGAGUGCCAUUUAUAGAAUUUUGUGGAUUGGCAUGGUGAUUAUGUUACAUGUCGUUGGUGAAGUUUUUUCUUAUGUGCAGAGCGAAGUAAAAUGUACGAAGGAUUCUAUGGAAAUAAUCAUAGAAAAACCCAGUCCAGAAGCAAAAGUAUAUCUUCGAGAUUUAAAACAUUAUCCAGAUGAAGCAUGUAAACCACAAAUAUUCAAGAAAAAAGCAACAUUUAAGCUGUCUCUUGCUGAAGAAGAGAUGUCUCGUUGUGGAAUAGCCAGACUUGUAAACAAAAUAUCGGGAGAAAAAGUUUAUUAUCAUCAAGUGAUAGUGGAAGAAUCUGAAAAAUCAUCUAAACAUCAUAUAACUGUCAAGUGUGACAUGAUGAUAUUUGGUGGUAAUUCACAAUCUACAAAUAUGAAAAGUAAUCAUACUGCAGCUCGAAGAAGUGUACUUCCAGCUGGUUUCCAAGAAGACGAUACCAUUGAUAUUGGAGGAGUAAUAUCAGGAGUAGCACCAUUACCAAUGUUAAGUGUUGGAGUACGUCAAGGUGGAAAACUUGUAACUGGGGAGCUUAAUGUAAGCCCUGGUACACCAUUACAAAUGGAAAUAUUUCUUGAUAAUAAAUCAUCACCUGUUUAUGGACUUUUAGUUACUUAUAUGCAAGUUACUGAUACAAAAUCUGCCGAAGAAACAAUUAUUUUCAAUGGAUGUUCAGUUGAUCCAUAUCUUUUUGAAAAUUUCAAUACAGUAGAUGGAGAUUUUUUGGUUGCUAAAUUUCGAGCAUUUAAAUUUCCUGAAAGUACAUAUGUUCAAUUUCGUGGCACUGUCAAUGUUUGUCUUGACAAAUGUCAAGGGGUUGAUUGUAGUAAUGGACAAAUUGGAUUUGGAAGAAAAAAAAGAUCAAUAUCAAUGUCAGAAAAUAGAAACAAUGUUUUUGAAGUGACAAUGUCAACAUUCAUCAAAGUCGACUGGGAUAAAAAUACUGUUCAUGAUGAUGCACUAUCAUCAUUCAUCAGACAUGGAAAAAAAAGAAUGGAAGUUAAUCCAUUGAUAAGUGAAAAUAUUAAAAGUCAAUUUAUUUAUAAAGUUAUGGAAACCGAGUCAAAUUCAGCAAGUUUAUUAUCUUUUAAAUUAAAUCAAAUACUUAUAUUGGGAUUAUUGAUUUAUUUAUUUUAAAUAAAAGCCUGUAUCAAAGCUCAAAAUUAUCAAUAUUUAAUAAUGAUACACAGGGACUUUUAAAUUCUGAUCUCAAAAAAAUUGAAAAAAAAAAUGAUUUAACAUUUUUUCAUAUUUUAAAGUAUAUGCAACACAAAAAAAAAAAAAAUAAUAUGAUUUGUUAUUAAAAAUAUCAUUCAUUAUUUUACUUAAUUAUUAUGGCUAUUUGCCAUUUGGUCAAAUUUGACCUACUUAUGAGUCUAAUGUCUGAAAUAUAAUUGAUGUACUUUGGUAGUUGAAAUUAAUUAUAAUAAAAUAAUAAUAAUUAACUAAAAAAAU